AUGAGACUGGCUCAAGGGAAAAAGGAGAAGGAGAAGAGCUUGGUGAUGGAUGGAUUGAGGUCUGCCUACUCCAUAUGUUCCCCCUGUCUUUGCGCCAUCAUCUGGUAUUCUUGCGCUGAACUCCAGCCGCCCGUGGGUCACAACGUGACGGACCAUGGAGGGAGAAGAACCCUCGUGAAACAAACCACCAUUGGAUCAACGGAUCCGAGUCACCACUCUCUAACCAUGGCAUGUGCCAGACUCUCGGAGCGGCCUCUCAGAUCGACCCUGCCUCCAACGUCUAAACUCCCCGGCACCUCGAUGUAUUAUGGCGAAGUCACCGUCAAACUCCACCACGGAGACUUCUCCACAAAAGUUUCGCGGAGUCGCAUUUCAGCAGUCUCAGGAGUUCGGUUUGUCUCAACAUCCCUCCAGAAAAAGGUCUUGGCUAAGUCUUGGCUAAAGGGGCAUUCUGUUCCUCCAACUACCACGUCAAAUACUCUUGGCAAGUUUGCUCAGGUCGACAACAUCCAUCUGAACUAUGAGCAAAGACAGAAAAAGCUCAACACGCAAUGCGCCAAGCCCACCUCCAAAACGUCCGUCUGGGGUGACGCUCAACCCAAGUCCUUCCAGCUCAUCCGAUGGACGAAUAAACGUCAUGUGCCAUCCGUAACUCGGGAUGUCAGACUCCUGAAACAUCACACCCCGGUACACAACCUCACCACAUAG